UUGGGUAGGGAGGCAAGCAACCCUGCCCCUGAUUUGAGCUUUUAAAAGUGUUGAUGCCAUUCAGUCCCUUAAGGAAGAGCAUCAUCCAUGUAACCAACUGUGGGAGUGAAGUACUAAAAACCACUAAAAUUGAUUGAGACUGGAGGAACUAUCUUUCCAUCUUGCCUGACUUGGGACUUGGAACAUAGAAAUAUCUGUAGAUGAAUUUUAUGGCAUGGAUUCACUGCCCUGAGAAGACAGAUUCACAAUCAUAGGAUCAUAGAACUGGAAAGAAUCUCAGAUGCCAUUUUAUUCAACAACCUCAUCCUCAGAUGAAAAAACAGACUCAAGAAAGUUCAGUUAUUUGUUAAAAAUCACACAGGCAGAAACUCUGACAUUUAAUAAUAAUUUAAGAAGAGAUGGACAGGAUGUGACGGUGACUAAGGGAAUAUGUGGCACAGAGAGCUAAAUCAACCAAAGACAAUCUCUCCAAGACAUUCACAUUCAACAAAAGUGUACCCCCAAGUUACUAUGAUGUGAGCUCUCCAGUGCCUGAAGAUUUCUGUUUGUGCAGUAAUUUGCCAACAUGUCCGAAAAGAAGUUCCUACCAAUUAAUGUACACCCUUCUUCUCAUAAACUAAUAUUUAGUUCUCCAACUUCUUCAAUGGAAAAUGUUUCAGAUAAAGAAUAUAAAAAGUUGCUUCCUGAAAUCUCUGUGACAAAAGAAGAAAAAGAAAAAUCCAGAACUGAAAAAAGUCGGAAGCUAGAAUUUCUAACCAAUGAUCAAGUCAUUCCAUCUCAAUCUUCUUCCUCAGCCUCUUCAUCUCCCAAUGUCUUCACUUUGCCUUCUUUGUCUUUUCCUCCAAUGAAAAGUACUAAUCUACCACUUAAAACCUCAUCAAUGCCAGCAUUCAUUUCAUUCAAGGCAGAAGAAGAGGACUACAAAGAAAAAUUGAAAAGUGUCAUGAAAGUAACAUCAGGGUUGGCGCUUCCCUCCACUUCUUCAUUUAUUGGAGAUUCGUCCACCUCUUUUUUAUCUGUCCCAGUUCCAGUCUCUGUUCCUUCUUCGCAAUUUGGAACCACACCAUUAGAAACCAAAACGUCAACUUCUAUUAGCUGUUCAACCCAGACUGAAUGGCUUUCAGAUGAUUCUGAAAAGGAUCUCAUGGACAACAUUAAGUUAACUCCCAUCAUUCGAGGAAAAAAAAGGAAAAGGAAAAAGAAAAGAAGUACUUCAACACAAAUUCAGUCAGAGGUGUACAAGGGAGCUGUAUCAAGUUCACCUUUUCCGGGGAAUAUCCUUGGCCCAAAAAUGGAAGUCAGAAGUUCAGAAACAAUUAUCGAUUUAGAGUCAAAAUCCUUAGAAAGCCAGCCUUCCAGGUCAUAUCAAACUAUAUUUAAGCAUGUGGUACAAGAAUUGUUGGAUAAAGAAAAUAAGGCAGUUCUUGAGACAGAUGUGUCCUAUUUAGCUGAGUUAAAAGAAGAGACCCGGAGAAAGCUGGCCUUCAUGUUUAAAACCAAUUUUGAAAAAUACAAGGAUGUUUUUAGACAGAUUCUGAAGAGAAGGGGCAGCGCAAAUAUUAAAAAAGAUGUGAAAACUACAAAAGAGUAUCAUAUAACCUACACUCCAGAGGAAUCUCUUUCGUCUGUCAGUACCUUGGUGGAACUGGAUGAAGAAUGGGUAAAAGAUGUUACUAAGGUUCACCGAGGGUUUGGUGUCCCAACAUUUUACAAGGGUCCUCCAGGUACCGAUUGUCUCUCUAAGCAGUUCUCCAUCUUCUUUCCAGAUGGGACAGGUCAGAUUUAUUACCCCUCAGGGAACAUAGCAAUAGUGAUCUGUGAUUCAGAAGACACUGACUCUUUCAUCUACCUGAUUUUCAAAGAUGAACAACAAUUACGGUUACAGGGCAUCGUCAACAACCUGGGACACGCUACCUUCUAUAACAAAGAUAAUAACAUCUGGGUGUGUUUGGAUUUGGAUAUGGGCUUCUACUUUGAUAAAAAUGGAAAACAGAAGGUUUGGAACUGGUGGGACCCAAAUCAUCAUUUCCAUGCACCCCCUAACCAGUCGAUUUCCUUCAAGCUCAAUCCGUGUGUUUCUGUAGACAUUAAAAGCCAGGAUAAGGUGUUUAUCACUUUCAGUUACCACAAGCAAAGUCUCUCCUUAAAUCUGGGUACCAAGAUCAAGGCGAAAGACUCAUACUCGGAGAAGAAACUGCAGAAACAGCCAAUCCUGGGCACCUACAAAGUGGAGAAGGCAUUCCAAGUGAUAAAGAGUCUCCUGAAGAAAAUGAGAGGGCUGAGCUGUAAGACCAAAGUUGACCUGGAGAACUUCGUGAAGGGUUCCUCACCCAUGUCCCCGGUGGAAAACCACCUGCGUGCCGGGAAGCUCAGCGCAGUGCUCGCCAGCUUUGGGAGGAUACGAACUGAGUGAUUGAGCGAUGGCACAUUCAGAAGCCCUUCCCACCCUCCACUUGCCAAAGGCCUUAGGCCGCUGUAGCUGUAGGAUCGGAGGGGCAUUUAAGACCUAUGAAUGGCAGCCUCUUGUAUGGGGGUGGGGGGAGGAAGGGGGGAUUGGAGCUUUUGAGGGAUUAAUUUGUUUUAAAAGUUAGGACAAGGUCCAUCUGCUCAAAUGCAUAAAAAAAGAACACACUGCUCUGUUUGGACAGGAUUCAAAGUUAAUCACAAUUUGAAUCAGGGCAUAUGAUAUUAGAGGGCAGCUAAGAGUGCUAGGCCUGUAGUCAGGAAAACCUGAGUUCAAAUCCUGCUUUAUGCACUGCCUCAG